UUCCGUCGGCGGCCCGGCUGCUACCUUGCGCGAGCGGCCCGGGCGCGUUCCUAACCACGGGUCUGCAGGGCAGGCGAGGCCGGGGAGGCUUUCUGCGCGUCCCUGGUAACCGAGCGGAGCCCCGGCCCGUGCCAUGUGUGACAGGGCUGCCUCUGAGGAGAUAAAAUGUGCUGCGAAAAGUGGAGCCGCGUGGCCGAAAUGUAUCUCUUCCCUGAAGACCUGGAGGAGGAUUAUAGGAUCCGCUGUCUCUGCUCCAGGGCGUUUGUGGAGGAUCGGAUAUUGUGCAAUUUGGGAUUAAAAGGCUACUACACCAAAAGCAAUGCAGGGGAUCAGACUACAGAAGAGGAGGAAGGUGAUUCUUCCCCUGGCAGGGCAGAAACACGUGACAGCCGAGAUAUAGGCCUAGAUGAAAGUGGACUCGACUCUGAGGCCGAACUCAUGAGAAGCAUGGGACUACCGCUUCAAUUUGGUGGAACAUCUGCACAUAAGAAUUUUGAGGUGUCUAUGAAUGCUAGAAAUAAAGUUAAAAGAAAAAAGAAAAAGAAAAAAUAUCAAAAGCAGUACUUAGAUGAAAUUAUGACAGAACCUUGGAGAGAAGAAUAUGACAAAAAUGACAUUUUGGCUUCAGAGGAUCCUUCUCCAGUUGAGCAGUAUGAGAACAUCAGAACAUGUAAACUUCAAAGCAAAAAAGACAUUGAAACUGAAAAUCUUCCUGUUGAAAAUGAAUUAACUCCAAAGCUACAAAUGACGGAGAAAUGGGAAAAGUAUUGGAAUGAAUAUGGAGGAGGACUCUUAUGGCAAAGCUGGCAAGAAAAACAUUCAGGUCAAACACUGUCUUCUGAACCUUGGAACUUCCCUGACACAAAGGAGGAAUGGGAGCAACAUUACAGUCAACUCUACUGGUACUACUUGGAACAGUUUCAGUAUUGGGAAACUCAGGGUUGGACUUUCGAUGCUUCGCAAAGCUGGGAUACAGAUCCUUGUGAAUCUAAAACAGAAGUUGACAACAAUGGUGAAAACCGUGUGAAAGUGGACUUAAUUUCUUUUCCAUCUUCAUCUAUGGCAGUUGGUGAUGAAAGCUCUGGUUCGGUUGAUAAAGAUCAUAAUGAAAUACUUGAUAGAAUUAAUAAUAUAACCCUGAAUUCAGAGGAAGUAGAACAAAGCCAGUUAGAGUCUUCUGAACGUUGUAAGAGUCCUCAGGAGCUAAGUGACGUUAGCUGCAGAAGAGAAUGCCCCGCUUCUGGCCAAAGUGAACCAUGUGAUGGAGGAACCAAGAAAAGGAACGUGUCUAGGAAUAGAAACACAGACCUACCAGCUCAGGAUUCACAGGGGUCUUCAGGAACAAACACAAGCAAAGAAAGACCACACACCAAUGGUAUUGAUGGAGAUGAAAAUGAAGAAGAUCCACCUGAAUGUAAACCAACCAAACUCAAGAGGAGCCAUGAACUGGACGUUGAUGAAAACCCACAUUCAGACUUUGAUGAAAAUGGUUGUCUUCUAGGAUUCAAGCAUGGCUCAGGACAAAAAUAUGGUGGGAUUUCCACCUUCAGCCAUCGACAGGUCAGGUAUCUAGAGAAGAAUGUGAAGCGUAAGUCAAAGUUCCUCGACAUGCGAAGACAAAUAGAUACAAAAAACAAACAAAUCUUUACCAAAGAGUCAGAAAAACCAUUUUGCAAGAAAAGCAAAACUUUGAGUAAGGUAGAAAAAUUCCUAAAAUGGGUUAAUGAACAAAGGAAUGAGGAAGCAUCGCAGGAGUCACCUUGUCACGACAACGUACAAGACACUUACACAAGUAGUGAUUCAGAGGAACAAGUGUCUGUUACACAAGGCGAUGAGCCCUUUGGCAGUGGCAAUCCAGGACCUGACCAGUGUCGCACUGGAUCUUCAGCCGGGGAACUUGAAACAGAAAAAAACGGAGGAGACAGCGUAGUAGCAACUGCGCUAGAAAGGCAGGAUGCACCAGACUCUCCUCAGGUAGAAAAUGAAGCUGAAACAAAGAAGAAGAAGAAGAAGAAGAACAAGAACAGAAAGGUGAAUAGUCUGCCGCCUGAGAUAGCUGCUGUUCCAGAGCUAGCGAAAUACUGGGCCCAGAGGUACAGGCUCUUCUCCCGUUUUGAUGAUGGGAUUAAACUGGACAGAGAGGGCUGGUUUUCCGUUACUCCUGAGAAGAUAGCAGAACACAUUGCUGGCCGAGUCAAUGAGUCCUUCAAAUGUGACAUUGUAGUAGACGCGUUCUGUGGAGUCGGAGGAAAUACCAUUCAGUUUGCCUUAACGAAUAAGAAAGUGAUCGCCAUUGAUAUAGAUCCUGUAAAGAUUGAUCUCGCUCGCAAUAAUGCAGAAGUGUACGGGGUAGCAGAUAAUGUAGAGUUUAUCUGUGGAGACUUCCUGCUGCUGGCUCCUCAUCUGAAGGCAGACGUUGUGUUCCUCAGCCCCCCUUGGGGAGGACCAGACUACGCCACUGCGGAAACCUUUGACAUUAGGACGAUGAUGUCUCCUGAUGGCUUUGAAGUUUUCAGGCUUUCUCAGAAGAUCACUAACAACAUUGUUUACUUUCUUCCAAGAAAUGCUGAUAUUGACCAGGUGGCUUCUUUAGCUGGCCCUGGCGGGGAAGUGGAAAUAGAGCAAAAUUUUCUUAACAAUAAAUUGAAGACAAUCACAGCUUAUUUCGGUGACUUGAUCCGAAGAUCAGCCUCUGAAACAUAGCUGAAGUGGCAUGAGGAGAGAAGAUUGCAUAGUGAUCAGAACACCCCUCAGGUACAAACACCUGGAGUUUCUUCUGUUCACCGAUGUUUUGGACCCAGUAGUCUUUUAUCAGCAUAUGAAAUGGAGCUUGUCACUCACAGGAGUCUAAUGAAUAUUAAUAAAGGUCUUUGAGAUCCUUGGGUAA